AAUCAAAACACAAACACACGGUCUCUACGCGGUGUAAUCUGGCUAUGAAAUCGAAAUUUCAUACGUUGAACCGUCUUAAAAAGUGAAGUGAACUUUCUGUGAAACAUAAAAUUGGCGAGCGAAUUUGUUAGAGUGAUUUGUCUUUUGAAGUGAUGCAAAAUUUGCAAACAUCUUGUGAACGAAAUUUAGUGUUUUUUCAGCGGAGAAACUAGUGAAUAGUCUACCAUUUUCGCCAUCAACUAAGCGUAGUUUCGAAAGAAAUUCCCAUCAGAAGCAAACGAAGAACCGGGUUAAUUCGUUGAUGGCAAAGAUGCAAGAAAACUGGCGCGACGUUAUUGCCGACAGACUUCGUGAGCGAAAUAAAAAUGAAUUGGGGCGGUUUGCUGAUAUUAUACAUUACAAUAACCGAUUAUUCGAUACGGCCGCUAAACUGAGGCAGGAAAAUUUGGAUUUAAAAAUUGAUAAAAAAAUACGCGAUAGUGUAAAUGUUACCGGCACCGGUGGUAGUGGUACCGGGUUCGGCACGGACGUAGCAGCCAUAACGAACGCCCAAAUUCAAUCGUUAGAAAAGAAGGUCCUCGCCCAGCAGGAAGAACUUACCGAACUCCACAAACGCAAAGGCGAACAUUCGCAAAUGGUGAUAAACCUUAACCAGAAGCUGACCGAUCUGCAGCGGCUGCUGAUCGAGAAAGAGCGGGUACUGGCGGAGAAGGCGGCACUAUGCGUCUCAUUAAAGGAAGAGCUGGACGAGCUAAAAGCCUCACAUGUAACAAUCAAGGAUGAAUCGCUAGCUUCACAGCUGCGCGCCAAUGCAGCCGAAGACAAGCUGCGCGCAGUUCAGGACGAAAAUACCAAGCUGCUUAAUUUGCUAAUGGAAUACAAAUCACGCGAUGCCGAGAUCAUGAACAAGGAAAAUGAUAAGUUUGUCAAGGAGAAAAAGGCACGCAUCGAAAGUGAACUGGAACGGGCUAUACGCGACAUUCCAGGACCCUCGUCACUCGGGCCCGAUCUCGAUCGGUUCGAUGUAGACGGAUUGCCGGAAGGUGUGGAGUUUAAGUUUGAUGCUCACGAUGGUGAGGUAAAUGCUGUACGCUGGAGUCCGAUCGAGCGUAUCGUUGCCACAGGUGGUGCUGAUCGAAAAGUUAAGCUGUGGGAUGUGGGAAAAGGUAUUUGUGAACAGCGUGGUGUGCUGGUAGGCAGCAAUCAAGGCAUCAAUUCGGUGGAAUUUGAUACAACCGGUUCAAUGAUAUUGGCCGCAUCGAACGAUUCUGCCAGCCGGAUGUGGUCGGUCGUGGAUCAUCGAUUAAGGCACACCUUGACUGGACACAGUGGAAAGGUGCUGGCGGCCAAGUUUCUUGGUUCCGCCUUCCUCGUCACCGGUAGCCACGAUCGAACACUCAAAAUAUGGGACCUCAAAAAUCGUUCAUGCACUGAGACCAAGUUUGCCGGUUCAAGUUGCAACGAUCUAGUCACGACGGAUAGCUUCUCCUUCAUUAGUGGACACGUUGACAAGAAGAUACGAUUCUGGGAUGUACGGACAGCCGAUUGUACUGCCAAUGAUAUACCGCUCCAGGGCAAAAUUACCUCGCUCGAUCUUUCUAAGGAUGGUAAAUUUUUGCUAUGUUGCGUACGGGAUGAUACAAUCAAUCUGCUGGAUUUACGUCAAAAUCGCAUCGUACGCACAUUUCGGAAUGAUAAUUUUAAGGUUGGAUGCGAUUGGUCGCGAGUAGCGUUCAGUCCAUCAAGCUCCCGGAUAGCUGCCGGAUCGGCUGAUGGAUCCGUUUUCAUUUGGAACAUUAACGGACCUCUUGAGACAGUGCUGAAGGAUCCCAAUGGAAGCGGUGCGGCUGUCACGGCCGUCAGUUGGCAUCCGUUCAGCUCCACCCUGGCUUCGGUCGAUCGGGCCAAAAAGUGUACCAUCUGGUCAAAUGCUUAACCCGCCCGGAUGGUGGUACACAAGCGGCGGAACAUCUUUAAUGUCAAACAGCAGGAUUUUUGGGAUACGAACCGUCCCCCACGGAAUGUUUCUCCAUCAGCACCUGCACCAACAUUGUUCGCGCGCCGUUUGGCUGGCAGUUUGCUGUUAAUGUUUUCCUUACUAUCGUCGUUCUUCGCCAUUGCAGUCUCGUGUUCGGUCGAUAUCUUCGUUACAGAUUGUGCGGGAGGUUUCUUUUUAAUGCAGUGAUUGUGACGGAGCGUGGUUGCUAUUAUUAAUUUACGGUUUUUCUUUCUGUUUCUUACUCAUUACAAUAAAAAAAGGUAAGCACAAGGGCCUUUUUGCCGGACGAAUGAUAGUUUGCUACCAUUUCGUUCUAACGUGCAGGAUUUUUGGAAUUAAUAAAAGAAAUUUAAAUCAAAAUAAAA